AUGGUCUUCUCCCUCCGCAAAGCCUUCGCGGCUCUCCUUGCGACGACAGCAUCCGUCUACGCCCUUCCUUCAGACACUACAUCGUCGGUCUCGAACGCCGCCCAGUCUUCCUCCAACACGACAGCAUGCAACAACUCACCUUCCCUUUGCAGCCGCAAGUACAACAACAUCACUCACAUGGGUGCCCACGAUAGCGCCUUCCUCCGCGACGCCAGCACCAAGAACUCCAUUGCCGGAAACCAGUACUACAACGCCACCGUCGCUCUCAAUUCCGGUCUGCGCCUGCUCCAGGCCCAGGUCCACGCUGUGAACGGCACCAAUGGCGGUACCACCCUCCAGCUCUGCCACACCACCUGCAGUCUCCUCGACGCCGGCACCCUCGAGAACUGGCUCUCUGCCAUCAAGGCCUGGAUGGACGUCCACACCAAUGACGUCGUCACCAUUCUCCUCGUCAACUCGGACAACCUGAGCGCCUCCUCCUUCGGCACGGUCUUUGAGUCCUCCGGCAUCUCAACGUACGGCUACAAGCCGUCAUCCUCGUCCGCGACCUCGAGCUGGCCAACCCUUCAGGAGAUGAUCUCGGCAAACACCCGCCUCGUCACUUUCGUCGCCUCCAUUACCGCCGACGCAAACCACCCGUACCUCCUCCCCGAGUUCUCGUACGUCUUCGAGACGCACUACGAGGUCACCUCUGCCUCGGGUUUCAACUGCACCAUCGACCGCCCUUCAACCUAUGCCUCCGCAUCCGCCGCCGUCUCGGCCAACAUGCUGCCCCUCAUGAACCACUUCCAGUACCAGACUCUGGCUACCGACGUCUUCAUCCCGGACGUCAGCGACAUCGACGUCACCAACUCUCCCAGCACCUCCACCGCCGGCAACCUUGGCUUGCACGCGAAGACGUGUUCCAGUCAGUGGGGCAAGAAGCCGACCUUUGUCCUAGUCGACUUCUUCGACAAGGGCCCGGCCAUUGAUACCGCCGACUCGCUCAAUGGGCUCUCGUCGUCCGACAUCACCGGCCGCAGCAGCAGCAACAGCGCCACGGCCCAGAGCAGCGCCAACCUUGGCGGCCGGGCGCCUGGCAUGGAGACCGGAGCUCUCGUCGCCUUCCUCGCUGCCGCCGUUUUCUUUUUCUAG